UUAUAAAUAAAGCUACCAUUUUCUCUCCUUCUCUAACUUCCUCCAAUCCUAUCCAUGGCUUACAUGAUCCUUUUCAAGGUAGCCAUCACCAUUUUAAGUAUUACUUUUAACAGAGUUUCUGCGUCUGAUCCAGAUCCACUCCAGGAUGUUUGUGUCGCUAAUUAUAACUCAUCUGUAACGGUGAAUGGAUAUGCAUGCAAAAGUAAUUACACAUACACACCAGAAGAUUUUGCAUCAAUGGCAAUUGCACAACCAGGAGAACCAAAUAUAUUUGGCACUAAAGUCGGUGUAGCCAACGUUGACAACAUGCCUGGCCUUAACACACUGGGAAUGUCAUGGUCUCGAGUAGACUUCGAACGUGAUGGUUUAAACCCUCCACAUACUCACCCACGAGCCACAGAAAUAAUUUUCGUGCUUGACGGUGACUUAAGGGCUGGAUUCAUCACUACGGACAAUGUUUUUGUUAACAAGUUGAUUACAAAGGGAGAAGUCUUUGUUUUCCCAAGAGGUCUCAUCCAUUUCCAGUUUAAUGUCGGCAAAAGUAACGCAAGUAUACUUGUGGCAUUCGAUAGCCAGAAACCUGGCGUUCAGCCUGUAAUUUCCAUGUUUGCAACUAAACCUAGUAUUCCAGAUGAUGUUAUGGCUAAGGCAUUCCAAACUAGUGUUGAGGAAGUUCAGAAGAUAAGGGAAAGACUUGUACCUACGAAUGUGACCAUGGAAUAUAGUCAUGCAAUUAUGUAGUCAAUUAAUAUUGUAAACAUAAUAAAUAAAUAUGGUGGAUAUGAAUUAUUUAUUUAUAUUUAUUUGUACGGUC